AUGCGUCACGAGGCCAUGCCUUCGGAUCUGGCCAUUCUCAGCGCAGAGCAGUAUCUCGACGGCUCCUUUGCUGGCAAGACUGGGAAAGCGAAGAAGCCAUCCACGUCAAAGCCAGAGACCAGUCCCCGGAAGAGAGCCAAGAUAUCUCCCCCGGCCGCCGAACCAGAAUCAGCUGAGGGUGAAGAUGAUGACGGUGCAAAGAGGGCUAGGGGCAGGCCCAGGCUCGAUACAAAGGAUCAGACUGCUGCUGAGCGCCGACGAACACAAAUACGCUUAGCACAGCGAGCCUAUAGAAGUCGAAAGGAGAAUGCCAUCCAGACCCUCGAGAGGCGUGUCCAGGAGCUCCAGGAUAACAACGAGGAGCUGAGCAAUGUCUUCCUGAAGCUCCACGACUCCGCCGUGAACCUUGGAGUGCUAGAGCAGGCCCCUGGCUUUGCCCUUGAACUUCGCGCGGCCACUGAGAAGAUCCUUUCGCUCGCAAAAAGGUCCAGCGAAGAUAGCGGGCAGGACGAGCAAGCCGAGAGCUCCGCACCGGAACAGCCUUCUCGCCAGACCAACGCAGAGAACUCCGGCUCUCCAGAUGGAGCCGAAGUCCAGCCUGCACGCAACUCAACCGUUCCGGUUUGGGGAGGCUACAUGGUCGGCGACGAGGCAGAGACGACGAUACAAAAUGUAUCUAUGCCCCUGCCCUCCGGCGCCAUGACGUCGGUGACACAGGCGCCGCUGGGCUACGAGAUCGUGACUAUGCCCACCUUCGAGAACGCCAGCUUUCCCUUCGACCUAAACGCAGAGUCGCCAUACCCGAACAUACUCGAUCAGGCCUCGAACUCCACGCCUGCGUACCCCCUUUCUCCUUACUCUUCGCUUCCGCUCCCGCAGUCGAUGGCCUUUAGCGAGCCCACUUUCGGCCGGCGGCUCCAGAGGAAUGCUUUGGAACUCGCUUACCGGCUCAUCACAAUGCCAGACCCGCCGAACCAUAGAUACGCUGAGGUCUUCGGCUUCUGCAUGCUCUUCGAGCCCAUCGACAAGAUCCGCGAACGCCUCUCCCUCGCACUCGAGCGGACGGCCUCCGAGUCUCUGAACUGGUGGCAGGCCCCCUUCUGGGCAGCCGGCGGCUCCGGCCAUCACCAGCUUCAGCAGGAUAACAGCGGCAGCGGCGGGCCACGCGUGGGCAACCAGGGCACGGUCGAUCAGAUGAAGUACUCGUUUCCUGGCGGACAGUUCGGACUGGGACCAUUCGACGCGAAGGUCAGCGAGACGCGUGACAGGAGGAUCGAUCCGCGCAUGAGGAUCCGGUUGCCGGGUUUCGAGGGUGACUUCUACGACCCGGAGGAGGUCGAGAUGUACCUCCGGGUCCGAGGGGUAGCCAUCCAGGCCGGGCAGGACUACUUGACCACCGAGGUCGACGUCGGGGCGUUCAAGAAUGGCAUGACAAUGGAGCAGAGCACUAGGGGCCAGGGGCAGAACCAGGCAACGCCUGGGUUUGGGGAUUGGCCGCAGACGCUGGACGAGGCUUUUAAUCCUCCUGCACCUGCCGGCCCCUCCACAGGUGGCAGCUCGGCGAUGGCAUCGGCCUCGACCUCUUCGACCUUGUCAGACGUCCGGACGGAUCCGAGCGCGUGGCCGAUCGACGACUUUAACGAGAUGUUCGGCCGCGCUGCAUCUGGACAAGACUUGUCGGGGCUCGGUGGCAGCAGCAGCGCGCCGGCUUCUGAGAGCAGGAAAAGGCUCAUUACUUUGGACGUCAACGUCUUCGUUACAGAACUCGCCGGACGCGGCACCUGUCUCGGACGAUCGCCUGGCUUCCGGCCGAAGGAUGUCGAUACAGCAUUUUGGAUAGCGACGAAGACUGAUGCAGCGCUUGGGUUUUAG